ACUCCUAUUCCUCAAACAACCAUCACUACUGCUUGGACUGGAAACUCCACCACCACUGUCACCAGAAACGGAACUGACGGCACCAACACUUUAGUAAUUGAAACUCCAGUUCUACAGACAACCGUCACUUCUGCUUGGACCGGUAACUCUACCACCACUGUCACUAGAACCGGUGCCGAUGGAACCAACACUGUCAUCAUUGAAACUCCAGCUCCAAAAUCGAGUACAACCGUUACUACUUCAUGGACUGGUAGUUUCACUACCUUUACUACCGCCACUGGCUCGGAUGGUGUUGAAACUUUGAUCAUCGAAGUGCCAGUUUCAACCGGCAUUCAAAGCUCUGUCGUCACUUCAAUACCAAGCAGUUCUAGAAGACUUCCUUGGAAUUCCAGCUCCAUAGAACGUUCCAGUGGUAUUGAUACUACUUCGCCAUCUUCUUCGGUUCACUUAACUACUAUUUCGUCAUCCUCCCCUUCGGUUGAAUCUUCAAGUCUCAUUUCAAACUCAAUUAGCCCUUCUUCGUCUUUGAUUUCAUCCGCAACUCAUUCUCCAGAAACAUCUAAUUCUGCUGCCCCUCCCUCGAGAUCUGGUGGAUACCAUGGAAUUCCAGCUAGUACUGUUGACUCGACUACCGUUACAUUGAUUCCAACCCCAAGCAAUGUUUCCACUGAUUCUAGUGCAACCGUUACACUGGUUUCUUCAAAUUCUAGUCCAGAACAAAAUGGCAACCCAGUAACCAGUAUGGUAUCCAGUAGCAGUCACCCAGUUGUUUCUGCAUCAGCAUACAUACCUUCGAUUGCCAGUUAUGAGGGUUGGGCAUCGAGACCUCAAGCUUCUAAGCUCUUGUUUGCAUUGCUUCCAUUAUUCGCAUUCUAA